UCCUGUCCUUAACAACCCCCGACGUUCGCUUCAAUCCGUGAAAUUAUAUCUUUAAUAAUUAUCUCGCUCGUUGAGAUCUCGCCCGCUCAUUCUCUGUCACAUUUUAUCUGCUUUGAAAGAAGAACUUUCGCCAUAUCAUACCCUCGUGCCGACCGAUACAUAGAAAAUGCUCUCCCUUCAAGCUUCCGUUGGCGUGCUAGCCGUCAUCCUGUUGUCACUGAAGGUCCACUCGCAAGCUGUCUACCAAAUCGAUCCCAACAGUGUCCCUCUUUCCGACCGAACUUCGUGGUGUCAGAGUCAAAUGACAUCUUGUCCAUUGCUUUGCCUGCAAUUGCCCGGAGAGUCUUCUACCACAGAUGCCAAUGAUUGUGACCCAACUACCCUCACCUACGACUGCGUUUGCGGAAAUGGAAUGUCUCCCAAUGCCUCCGAAUACUCGCAGACCCUCCCAUACUUUAUCUGCACGGAAUAUGGCAACCAGUGUGUUGCUGCAUGCGGCGGUGAUACCAACUGCCAGAGCAAUUGCAGAAGUCAACACCCUUGCGGUGCCCAGGACCCUACUCGAGUCAACGUCACAACUACGUCUUCGACCAUGACUGCCACCACCGUUCCUGCUGGUGCCACCAGCGGAACAGCUGGCGUGGUCUACACCGGUUUCGGUGGAGGAGCUGCUGCUACCACGACACCAUCUUCUUCUUCCACCAAGAGCGGUGCACAAGCGGCCUUGGAUCUUGGACGCAGCUAUAGUCUGGUUGUCGUAUUCGCUGGCAUUUUCGCCGGUUUUGCUUUGGUCAUGUAAGACAGCUUUUGGAUUGGUGUUUGUUUGCAUGUCUCGGCCACACGUCUUGCCCGAUGAGAGUUUGUUUUAGCGAUGAUUAAAAGAGUUCUGUAAGCGGUUUCAGCGGUUCUUGCACAUAUCUUCUUGGAUUGCAUACUUAAGCCGCAGAUCAACGGCUACCUUAAUACUCGUAAAGUAGUGGUUCUGGGAGUUGGAGACUGCCUGGGAGCUGGAACUGAAUACGAGGUCUGUCCCGGAAAGGAAUGGAAGAAUGAAUCAAAUAGGUUCUGAAGAAAAUAGAACAUUUGUCUCAUGACUGCGUAUGUCUUGAGUUGUGAUAGCUCAGCGUCCACGAGCGUUUACCAAUCACACCGAGGCUGUUGUCCUAACCCCAAUCGAUGGUCGAGAAUCGUGAGAGACUUUAUUCGUGAAAAU